GCACCUGGGGUUCCAGGCGGGCGGCAGCUGCAGACCAGCCUCGCGGGGAUGGACUGGCCGCACAGCCUGCUGCUCCUUCUCACCCUCUCCAUCUUCCUGGGGCUGGGCCAGCCCAGGAACCCCAAAGGCAAGAGGAAGGGGCCAGGGCGGCCUGGAACCCUGGCUCCAGGGCCUCACCAGGUACCGCUGGACCUGGUGUCCCAGGCGAAGCCGUAUGCCCGCAUGGAGGAGUACGAGAGGAACCUCGGGGAGAUGGUGGCCCAGCUGAGGAACAGCUCCGAGCCGGCCAGAAGGAAGUGUGAGGUCAACCUGCAGCUGUGGCUGUCCAACAAGAGGAGCUUGUCGCCCUGGGGCUACAGCAUCAACCAUGACCCGAGCCGCAUCCCUGCAGACCUGCCGGAGGCGCGGUGCCUGUGUCUGGGCUGCGUGAACCCCUUCACCAUGCAGGAGGACCGCAGCAUGGUGAGCGUGCCCGUGUUCAGCCAGGUGCCCGUGCGCCGCCGCCUCUGCCCGCUGCCGCCACGCACUGGACCGUGCCGCCAGCGCGCGGUCAUGGAGACCAUUGCCGUGGGCUGCACCUGCAUCUUCUGAACCGGAGGCUGUGGAGAGCCAGAGACCGCCCUCCCGGUGCUCCCACUCCAAGUGAGGCCCGUCAGAAGUAAAUGCUGUCUUUCGU